AUGAAAGCUUUAAUUCUUGUUGGAGGGUUCGGUACCCGUCUGCGUCCUUUGACUCUCACUCUCCCUAAGCCCCUCGUCGAAUUCGGCAACCGGCCCAUGAUCCUGCAUCAAGUCGAGAGCUUGGCUGCUGCUGGUGUUACCGAUAUCGUACUCGCUGUCAACUAUCGCCCCGAUGUUAUGGUUGCCGCUCUCAAGAAGUACGAGGAGCAAUAUGGUGUGAACAUUGAGUUCUCUGUCGAGUCGGAACCGCUGGGCACGGCUGGCCCGCUCAAGCUGGCGGAGAAGAUCCUGGGCAAAGACGACACCCCAUUCUUCGUUCUGAACUCCGAUGUUAUCUGUGACUAUCCUUUCCAGGAACUCGCUGCUUUCCACAAGGCCCACGGUAAUGAGGGUACCAUUGUCGUCACCAAGGUUGACGAGCCCUCAAAGUACGGUGUCGUCGUUCACAAGCCUAACCACCCCUCCCGCAUCGACCGCUUCGUCGAAAAGCCCGUCGAGUUUGUUGGAAACCGUAUCAACGCCGGUAUCUACAUCCUGAACCCCAGUGUCCUCAACCGCAUUGAGCUCCGCCCGACCUCAAUCGAGCAAGAGACCUUCCCCGCGAUCUGCAAGGACGGCCAGCUCCACUCUUUCGACCUUGAAAGCUUCUGGAUGGAUGUCGGUCAACCUAAGGACUUCCUCACUGGUACCUGCCUGUACCUCAGCUCGCUCGCCAAGCGCAACCCCAAGAAGCUUGCGUCCAACUCCGAGCCUUUCGUCCACGGCGGAAACGUUAUGGUCGACCCCUCUGCCAAGAUUGGCAACAACUGCCGCAUCGGCCCUAACGUUGUCAUCGGCCCCAAUGUUGUGAUUGGUGAUGGUGUUCGCCUUCAGCGCUGCGUCGUGAUGGAGAACUGCAAGGUCAAGGACCAUGCCUGGAUCAAGUCGACCAUCGUCGGAUGGAAUAGCUCCGUCGGCCGCUGGGCUCGUCUUGAGAACGUCACCGUCCUGGGUGAUGAUGUUACCAUCGCCGAUGAGGUGUAUGUCAACGGUGGCUCAAUUCUGCCCCACAAGAGCAUCAAGCAAAACAUUGAUGUCCCUGCGAUUAUCAUGUAA